AUGGAUACGUCACGAGACUCAUCAAAUUUGCUCGACACGCACAACCGCCUCAUUGCAGAUGUUCUCUCGCGGUUCCGCAUGCUGACGAUGCUCGCCACGAUCCAGGCCGAGGGCGAGCGCAAGAACGCCGAGCCGCAGACCGUUGCCGUGACGGGCAUGUCGAUGCAGAUGGAGUUUGAAGGACUGCACACCUCGAUCAAGGACCUUCUUGCCCUGAGCCGCCGCCUGAAGGAGCUCUGGCUCUUCGGCAAGCUGGGGCGCGGCGAAGGCGAUGCACGCAUCCAGGCCGACAAGCUCCAAGCCGACGUCGUGCGCUGCGCGGAGCUUCUCAACACCAUCCAGGAGACUCGGUACGCUGGUCUGGCGAGCGCGGCGGGCGGCAAAUGGGCGCCAAUGGGAAGGCCGGACGCCGCUCCUGUCGAGGGCGCUGCUGUGGCUGCUCCUCCGCCGGCUAACCCCGUGGCGCCGAAUGGCAGUGGCAAUGGAACAGGUGCCGUGUAG